UACAGAAAAAAACUUAUUACGUUAUAAUGACGUCAUUGAAUAUUACGUCAUUUUUUGUUGCUGCUAUUUUAUUGGGAAAUGUCUAUGGUGGAAGUAGACCAAGAAAGAUUUGUAUGCGGCUGAACUCUGCAGUUGAAAGUGUCGAAAUUGAAGAAAAUGUAGAGUUGGAGCUUCUAGAAACAUUAAAUGAACCUAACCGGACUGUUGGUAAAGGAAAAAGGGGGAGAAAUCGAAACGAAAGAAACGAAGAAAUUCGACUUCUUAAUGAUCGACUAAAACGUUUCGAAGAAAGAGUGGAAAAAAUUCACUGGGAAAUAAGAAUGGACGUAAACGACAAAUACUUUGGAAUAGAGAAAAAGAUGAAUCAAAUGAAUGAGAGAAUUCUAACUCUCGCCUUCAAAUACGAUCAAAUGAGAAUGGAAAUACUUAAAGCCGUAGGAAAAUGUGCAGUUGAAUACCUGGGCCGUUGCUUCUACUCCCAUGUUCAUUUGGAGAGAGAUGUGGAUUUUGACGACGGAAGAGCAUUAUGCGAAGCCGAUGGAGCGAAAGCUGCAAAUAUAUACUCGAAGCAACAUCUUAUCGAUGUGAUGGCCGACGUUCGCCCCAAAACUCCCGCUUCUACUUACGUAUGGACAGGAUCGCAAGCUUACAAUAAGACCGGCGAGGUGUUUUUAAAUGACGGAAAACCAGCACCUUAUGUGAAAUGGUGGAGCUCAGGUUUUCCUGGAUCAGGAGGGUAUGCCGUCUACCUCGACGUGUUUUUCGAAGCAACACCUAUUACUUACCAAGGAAUGGGAAAUACUACUCCAACAUGGAAGAUUCAUGGCGUCGUUUGCGAGAUAUAAAUAAAGCGACUUUUGUGAAUAUGUGACUAUUUUCCUAUCAUGCUAUUGAAAAGCAAAUAUUUCUAUGUAAAAUUUUUGUAAUCUUUUUUCGAAAUUUGAAUAUUCGACCUUGUGUUUUGUGUUCCAGACAAAAGCGAUACGACAAUUUUAGACACCGAAUAUUUAUAUGUAUAUGUUAGUGUGUAACUUAUUACAAUGUCAAGAAUGGGUUUGUUGCUGAGAACUGAUAUAGCUGUCAUAGAUAAAUACUAGUCAACCUGAUAUCUUUGAUUAAUUUAUCUUUCUAAUGUAGUUUAUCUACAAUUUUGCAACUGCUGCAAAACUUAGCCCGUAUCGUUUUAUCAUGCUAUUGUAUAUUUUUAGCUAAGAAUUGUUAAUCGACUUAUGUCGCCCUUUUAUCUCUAACCAUAAUCCCUUUUUUACUCGCAUCGUAUUCUAACAUUUUGAAUUUUGUGACGCUAUACCUACUAAUGAGUACUUUCGCUUUAAAGGGUGCGCCACAGAGCAAUUUUGAUAUGGUAGUGGUAGAAUCAGCCGUUUAGAAAGAGUAGAUUUGACAAUGGGAACAUUAACACAAUUUUCUAAUAGGUUAUUAUCGCUUGAGCGUAGUGUUCAACGUUACACUUAGCUUCAUAAGGUCGCAUGUUGAAUGAUUGAUGCCAAAUCAGAAAGAUUAUUGUCCUUCCGAACUACAAAAUUCCUCACUUAGAAGUGGUUUAUUGAAGUGAAGAGCCCUGUUCGGGGCGUAUAUGUACAUAAUAUGAUAAAUUAUUUUUUCCGUAUCGGGAAGCGGUGUUCUAAGUCAGUGGUUACCAACCUUUUUUUGAGAGACCCAAAUUUUUUUUUGAAUAAAUUUUGUAAACCUUCGCGAUCAAGGACUUGUUCAAAUAUUAAACAGCUUGUAGUACUUUUAUUGCCUCAAACCUAAGGUCUAAUAUAAAAUAAUAAUUUUUACAUAACAUUUAUUCCCUUAGAAAUUACCCCAAAGUAAAAAGGCAGUGAUUGUUCGCCAUCAGCGAGUUUUUGAUAUGGUGAUGUGGCUUUACUUAGUAAAAUGCUGGCUGCUAAGUUUUCACACUUUGAUACUUUCCACAUGUACAAUUGUUAUUGAGCAACACUUCGAUAAAAAAUACAUAAUAAACAAUAAAAUUUACUGGAAAAUAAUUGUUAAAUUUUAGGUUUUUGCUGAAAAUCAAGCAACUCAAAAAAAUCUGCCGGCGAUCCAAUUUUGGGUCGCGAUCCACAGGUUGGGUAACACUGCUCUAAGCCAUGGCAUAUGCACAAAGAUGUGGAUCUGAUCAUCAUUUUGUAUUAUUUGAAAUUUCAUGACACUGAACUAAUAAACCUACACAAAAAAAAUAGUCUUAGUAGCAUGCAAAACACAUAGUAAUUUUUUUACAUGAUGGUGGCAGAGUCACUC